AACGAAGACGAUUGCAUAGAUGGACCCGGCGACUUCCGUCCCGCACCACGUGGGAAUUUCGCUUCAGUCCAACAACGUAGCGACACCUGCGACUGACUACAGCGUCGCAGCGAACCGCCGGUAAACCAGUGAUGACGUCGGGACAGCAGCUCCGGCAGCCAGCGGCGGGUUCAGGCGACGCGACCUCACCCCCAGCGGCCGGCGCAGGCAAUCCUCUCCGGCGACUCCUCUCUCUGCUCCGGCGAUCUCUGCGAUUGUGGUGACCCAAUUCGCGAAUCAGCGACCUCCGUGCUCCUGCAACAAAGUUCGGGCAGCAGGCAGUUCCUGUCAGCAACAAUUGAGGGCGUUUCCAGCUCUGUCCAACGGGAGCUCCGAUGUUAGCAUCUGAGCUAUGUUCUCCGGAAUUGAAUCAAAUCAAAAUGAAUCGAGCUUGUAGCCUCCUUUUCCCCUUUGUUACACGUUGGUGGCUGUGGGAGAUUGAUUCUGGAAUCCAUCCUGAAGAGCAGUAUGACGGAGGAGAUGUAUGGACCAGGAAUUUAACAAGGCGCAAUGAUGUAUAUUCGUUCAUCCUUGAAGGAGACAUAUUUCAGGUUUUUUUUAAAACUCUACCAAGGUAUGCAUUCAAGUAUCGUAUGCAUUCAGAUCAUGGUGAUGUUUUCAAAGAUCAAUAGCUCACAAUGACUUGCUGCUCUAUUUGAAAAAUAGUGGUGGAGAAAUAAGCCAAACACCAUCUAAACGCCGCAAGCCCCAAAACCCAAGUUUAACUCCUUUCCUGUCAAUUCUUCCUACCGGCUGAAUCCAUCUUUUUCUUCCUUUUGCGCCUCAACCUCCCACGAAGAGGAGAUUUCCAGAACUUUGCUCGUGGAAUUCUAUAUUGAUUCCAUUUGUGUUUUGUUUGCCAAAUUAAUCGAGAUCAUUACAUGCCUUUGUGUCGGAAAUGAGGGAGUUGGGAUGACCAUCAAUGUCCACUGCGCCCUUGGCUCAACAAAUCAAACAAAGUGUAUUAUCACAAAUUUAACUUUGAUCGAUGGUCUAGAACUUGAGGGACUAAAUACAAUUCGUGUUCUUUGUUGAUCCUGUUCCACUUGCUUGGACUCCCUGAAUAUCUUUCUUCGCAUUGUUUAUCUCAGUUUUGAAAUGAACACUCAUCACAGGUUUGAAAUAAGAUGAAAUAAAUGACUUUCUAAUCUCUUGAUUCCCCGGAGAUUCAAAAACUUUCGUAAGCUAUGAUGAAGCACUAGAUUCAAGGUACAAAGGUUGCCCAGAUUUCUUGCAUACAUUGUGAUAUACCCGAGACCCGGGGUCUUAACGAGUUACUAUUUUGAGGAGGAAUUAAGGAGUGAUGCAGCCUUAGAUUGAGAGUUCUGGGACACGCAAUAAUCGAUUAUGGGAUUCGACAAUCGAUUAUGUAGUGAUGCUGCAAAACGAAGGAACUUCUGGGAUGCCGGAUAGUCGAUUGACACAAGUGUGAUAAUCGAUUAUUAGGUUGUAUGGCCUAGACGACGAGAAUUCAGAGGGACCAAACAAUCGAUUAUCAAAGUUGAUAAUCGAAUAUUGUGCUUCGCUGAUUAUUCCAGGAGUGUUCUGAAGGGUUAGAUAAUCGAUUAUUGAUGUGUGAUAAUCGAUUAUCAAGACAAUCAGGAUCUGAAAUCAGGGCAGACAAAAGUGGUGUUUGUGUGGGGAAUGGCUGGGAUUAAUAUGGGGAUGGUGAAGGAGUUCUUUUGGUGUUUUAUAUGAAGAAAAGAGUAAGAUUAAGAGGAGAAAUGGGAGGGUAUGAAAUGGAAGAAAAUCAGGGUUGGAUAAACCAAGUUGGUGUUAAGAGAUAUUACACACUCUUCUCCUAACUUGGGGUUGAAUCUAGUAUUCAAAUAAGAUAUAACACACUUAUUUAAAUAACUAGAACCUAAAACUCACACUUAAGGUAACCACCCUUAAGAUAUAGAAUUAGGGGUUUAAAAUAGCAAACACAUAAGUGUAUUACUGAUGGAAAUUUCAGAUUCAAAAGUGAGUUACAACAAUGGCCAAUGGCCGAUAUAAAUAAGCAAGCAAGAAAGGGGAAACUACCAA